AAUCAGCGUUGGAUAAAACACCUCCUGAACGGUGGAGCCUCCUCCUCAGCCGUUCAACACAUCCUGCUGUCAAGGAUGUAGUCUGUGUAUGAAUACUAUGACCACCGGCACAUUCCUUCCUCCAAACGCCUGCAGCCAUGCACCUCUGUCUGCUGACCACCCUGUUUGCACUGACAGUCUGUAAAGGCGUCAUCACUUCCUCUGAAUUAACAUCAACAACAUCAACUCCCACAAAUGCUGAACACCAAACCACUUCAGCUACGACAACCGAAACCGGUGUCACGUCACCAACUGUGAAAACCACCGACAGUAAACAGCCUCCAGAAACAACAUCGACUCAGAUCACCACUGAAGUCACAUCCCACCGAGGGUCGACGUCUGCACCGCCAUCCACCUCCCACCAAACACACAGCACAUCCCAGGAACCAAAGAGCAGCUCCACAGCUCAGACUACAACCACCAACCAGACCUUUACCCAGAAACCUACACUCCAGACAACCUCAUCUAACACCUCGACCACCACCAUAAACACGACGAGUUCAGCUCUUUCACCUGAAUGGAGUCAUGGAGACCUGGCAGCGAACCCUGGUCUGGUGGCCAUCCUCUGCAUCUUCUGCAUCGUUCUGGCCCUCGUGCUGGUGGUGGCCACCAUUAAAUGCAUCCGAUCGCCGAGGUCUAACUUUGAGAGGCUUGAUGAUGUACCGAUGGUCAAAGUGAAUGAAGAGUCUCCGUUCGCUCAGUACUCCAAAUGAUCCCGGAGGUUCAUGAGCCCGUCCGCCUGCUGUGCUUCAGUCCGAACAAAGACAUCUUAAACAACAAACCCACAAAGGAUCAUCUCGUCAACCAGCGUUUGCACAAAGAGAUGCUUUGUGUCUCCUGUGUCGGGCAGUUUGUUUUUUCUUUUCUUUACGUAGGACUUAUGUCACCGAUGGUGGCUAUUUCUGCUUCAACUCUGACCUUUGACCUGCCUCGCUUAUGAUUCUGCUCAUUUAGACUCUGAGGCUAAACUCAUCCUCUGCAGUUUAACAACAGAGUGGCAUUUAACCUCAUAUGCACUUAUUUAAUAAUUGCACUAAACCAUUUAAAUUAAGAACAUUAUAUAUCUGGGGUUUCUUAAUGAUGGUAGAGUUUUAUCUUUUGCACUGUACAAGAAAAUAUACUGUAUGGAAAAUGUUUUAAUUGACUUUUGUGGCAUUUCAUGUAGAAAUACAGUUUGGAAAUAAAAUUAAAAAGCUGAAGCUAUAUAUGGAAACUUAAUUUUUUCAACUUAGUAAUUUAAAAAAAAAAAAAAAGUAUUUAUUUUUUAAUUUUACAUACAUAUUUAUUAUAUUUCCUGUGCUAAUUGUUCAGGUUUUUGGCUGUAACAGUGGUGUGUGUCACUCAAUACAACAUAAUCUAGUUUAUGCUCUAGUUCGUGAACUUCAUGUGUAUUUUAAAGGUCCAGUGUGUCAGAUUUACAAGGAUUACAGUGUAUUUAAUUACAUAAAUGGGAUGAAAUAUGCCUAAAAAUAGUUUCACCAGUAUUUUAUCAAUAUCUACCAUAACUCAGAAUGGACUUCCAGUUCUCCUUCAACAGGUAGAAUCUCACGUUAACGUACUUUACAUCAUCUGUUUGGCAGUGCAGCAGAGGUGAAGCUCAUUUAUGCUCCUUCUGUGUACCUAAAGAAAUGAGUUUCAAAUGAUGCAACCGUCACUGCGUCCUACUUCCAUUCAUUCUUUACAUUGUCAUCAGUGAUAUGUAAUACG